GACAGACUCCACUAAAUAUUAUUAUCACGUUUGAAAUCCGGGAAUAAGGUCACCUCAUUUCACGUAAUCAGACUGCGGCCGUUUGACUCCUCAAUGGGUUUACUGACUGCAAGUCAGCUUCCACUAAAAGCUGUCAGAUGCUGCCUGAGACCACUUUCAACGUCAAAAUCAUGGCUUUCCACCAAAGCCUCACUGCUGGGGGACAAGAACCUCCUGCUCAUGGGUCCUCCUGGCGCAGGGAAGACCACAGUGGGGAGGAUAGUGGCCCACAGGCUGGGACUGCCUGCCGUUGACGUUGAUGACGACGUCUUGGAGAAGACAUGGAAGAUGCCUGUGGCUGAAAAGCUGGCAGUGGUCGGCGGAGAGCGUUUCCUGGAGGAAGAAGGCCAGGCUUUGUGUAACUUCUCCACCUCUGGAUGUGUUGUUUCCCUGACAGGCUCCAACCCUCUUCACGCUGCAGCGAUGCAGCACGUCAAAGAGUCCGGACUCGUCGUCUACCUGGACGUGGACAGCGAAGACAUCAUGCAGAGACUCGCCAGGAUGAAGGUGAACAGGAUCGUGGGCCAGGAGGCAGGGGCGUCCAUGAGGGACUUUCUACGUUACAGGAAACAGUUUUAUGAGAAAUGGCUUGAUGUGCGGGUGCUGUGUGGAACAGGGGACACUGAGGAGGAAGUAGCGGAGAAGGUGCUGAAGGCUUUGGACAGGUAUCAGAACCACGCUGCAGAAACAUACGUGUCAACCAGGAGUGACAACGUGGAAUCGUCCAAUCAGAAAACAUGCUUUAGUGAUGUGGUAGUUGAGGGUCUGGCCACAGAUGGAGGCCUCUAUGUUCCCAAAAAUGGUUUCCCGAACAUAGAUGCUCGUGAGUGGCUGAGACUAGCUCACAUGUCAUACCCAGAACGGGCCUUAGUUUUGCUUGAAAAGUGCAUACACCCAUUGGACGUCUCUGCUCUGGAUCUCAGGACAAUGAUAUUCAAAGCAUAUGGGUCUAACUUCUCAAGUGACGCAGUCGCGCCUGUGAAACAUCUCAUCCACAAUCAGUAUGUUCAGGAGCUUUUUCACGGCCCCACCGCCUCAUUUAAAGACCUCGCCUUGCAGCUGAUGCCCCAACUGUUCGCCUACUGCCUGCCGCCGAUGUGCAACUACCUCAUUCUGGUAGCCACCUCGGGAGACACUGGGAGCGCAGUGCUGAGUGGCUUCAGCAGGCUCAGUGGCACCGACAGACACAGGACCGGCGUGCUGGUGUUCUUCCCAGAGGACGGCGUGAGUGAGAUCCAGAAGCUUCAGAUGACGAGCUUCAGCGAGGGCAACGCCAGGGCCGUCAGCGUCCUGUCAGACUUCGACUUCUGCCAGAGAACCAUGAAGAGGAUGUUUGGAGAGUCUGGGCUGACCGGGCACCUCGCUGUGGAGUACGGCACGGUCCUCAGCACCGCCAACUCCAUCAACUGGGCACGGCUGUUGCCACAGGUGGUGUACCAUUCCUCAGCCUAUCUGGAUCUAUGCAGAGACGGUGUUGUCAAGUUCGGGGAGCCCAUUGAUGUUUGCAUCCCCACUGGUAACUUUGGCAAUGCCAUGUCAGCCGUGUACGCCAAGCAGAUGGGCAUCCCGAUAAGAAAAGUCAUCUGUGCGUCCAACCGCAACCGCAUCGUCACCGACUUUAUCACCACAGGCGAGUACGAUCUCCGGGGACGGCCUCUGGUGCCCUCCCACUCCCCGGCUAUAGAUAUCCUGAAGUCCUCCAACCUGGAGAGGUUUAUCUACCACGUCUCACGCGGCGACGGCCGUCUAGUCAAGGAGCUGUUCACACGCUUGGACGCACGGCAGCACUUUCAGGUUCCCGAGCCUCUCCUUGGCAGGAUGCAGCAGGAAGUGCUGGCUGGCUGGUGCUCUGAGGACGACUGCUUGGCCGCCAUCCAGAGCGUUCACACACGGACGGGCUACGUCAUGGACACACACACCGCCGUGGCUAAAGUCGUGGCUGAUAGGCUGCAGGAUGGUUCGUGCCCCGCGGUGCUUUGUUCCACAGCUCACUAUGGGAAAUUCGCUCCCGCUGUGUUCAAAGCCUUACAAAUCCAAAAUAUUCCAGAGGAUCCCGUCGAGCAGCUGAAGACGCUCGCGUCGACUGCGUCCAAACCAGAAACACACAGAGACAUGAAGGCAUGCCUGAAGGACGGCGGCAGGAGGGGACACACUGUUUGUCAGGCAGAGUACGGUGUGUUGGUAGAAGAGGUGGAGAGCAUGAUACAGGACUCCUUCUUGAAAGUUAUGUGAAUUAUUUCAGCUUUUCCUCACGUCCACCUUAAAAUAACAAUCAUUUAAAUGAUAAUUCAUUAUCAACUUAUUACUAUAUUCCUCAUGCAUCCUGCCUGCAUCAUGUACUCUUCAUUCCUCCAAUGCAUUUGUCUCUUUUAAACACAUUUAGAAAAUAACAGAACAAAAAAGGUAAAAUCUUGCUAGAUGAAAUGAAAAAGGUGCAAGAAAUUUUUAAGGCAUAAUUCAAAAAUCCAAAAUCGUGCCUGAGUCUGCAGGAGUGAGAUAAAACUAACACAUUCACUCUGCUUUUCCUGUAAUCGAGCUCUUAACUGCUUCCUAAUUCGAUUUAAAGCUUAUUGAUUAUGCAGCAUGCCUCUACAUCAAUGCCCAGAGCCCGGGCCCACUAGAUGGGGGUGUCUAGCUCUUGGC